AUGGAUGAGUUUUUAAUUGGUAAUUCAGGAGCAGAAAAAAUAUUAACAUCACUAAGUAACACAACCUAUCCACUUCAAUUUAUUAAUCAAUUUCAACAAGAAAAUGGGAUAUCAAAGAAAAGUUUACCAACAGUCACACCAGUUUUAAAUUUAUUAGAUUUGCAUCAAGUACCACGUGGAGAGCUUUAUUUAAAUCUUUUGACAUCAUUAAAAAAAGAUUUAUUAAAUAAAAUCAACACAUUGAACAAAAGCGAAUUAGAAAAGUUAUUGGAAACAAGUUUUGCCUAUAUCAGUUUUGAAGAGCUUCAAGAAAUACCGAUGAACGUUAUGAGGAGAUUAACACCAGAGGUCCCAACAGCAUUUUUACUCAAACUAUCAGAAUCUGAAGAACUUUACGAACAAUGCCCAAUUGAAGUAAAGAGACAAAUUUGGUUAGUUUCACCCCAGUUAUUCAAAGACAAAGUUGUACCAUUAAUUCAUCAAUACAUUGAGGAUUCAAAUUUAAUUCAAGAUAUGAACGAACAAUUGUCAGUUUCAUCAAGCUCUGAUCCUGUAUUAUUUGCGGUAUCUCACACUUUACCAGCCAAAAGACGUGAGAAUAAUAUAACACUUCAAGAGAUUGCCGAUUUAUUUGGUAAAAUACCCGAGUUGUAUCAAAUGUUCUUAGAGCACCUCAAAAAGAUAUUUGCAGAUACUGGAAAUUAUUUAUUAUGCAAUUUGCGUGCUGAAGUUCUAAUGGCAAUACACGAUCGUAGUAUUAACGAAAUUUAUGAUACUGAUGGCUCACAUAAUGUCGCUUGGUGUUUGGAUGCUUGCAUCCGUGAUAACAAUUUAGAUAGUAGACGUGUUAAAGAAAUUCAAACAAGUUUAAAUGCUGUAUCAAAUCAAAAUUCAUCAGUAUUGGGCGAUGUAGCAAUGGUAUUUGGUAAUCCAGUAGCAAUCAACUGCAUCGUUAAAAAUAUAUUAAUUCAAUUAAAAGAGGUAGUAAAAAGGAAACAAAUACCAAAAGAUGAUGAAUCAAUUAAAUUUUUAACAUAUCUUUUGGUGUUGGGCUUAAAGGCACACAAAAUGAUAAAACAAAAUAAAUUCAAUACACCACAUAUCAAAAAGCAUAUUCUUCAAACUUUUUACCCAGUUUUUGCUUCACAAAUUUUAGAAGAUGUCACACGUGAAUCAUCAAAAUCAACUCUUACAGCCUCAACCUCGGCCACUUCACCAAUUUUAGAUAGUUCAACUUUAUUAGAAACUUCAGAAAUUCAAGACUUGGAAAAUUGUUUUUUGAAAUAUGAAGUCUGUAAAAAAAUAACUUUAGCUUAUAUUAUUAAAAGGGUUGUAGAUAGGGAUUUACAAACUGUUGAUAGAUAUUUAAAAUUAAUUUAUAGAUUAAUUUGUAAAGAUAAUAAUAUUAAUCUUAUAGAAAAUGUACAAUCACCAACUAUUUUAUCAGCUUCAACCACUUCAGCCCCAAAUUCAUCCUCAAAUACCGAUAUUACAGACAGUAGUGGUAAUAUAAAUAUUAAUGCCAGUACAAGUGGUACAACAGCAACUACAACCACAACUACACCAACAUCAACAUUAGCAGAUGAUAACGCUUUUGAAAGCUUAAUGAAUAAUGUCGAUAUUUAUAAAUAUAUUGGUAAUGAUUUCAUUCAAUCUUUGGUUUCACAGGUACUCCAUAUUAAAGAGCACAGGUUAAAUAUAAUUGUUAUUGAUCAGUUUUUAUUCAAGUUUAGAUUUUUCCCAUUCGUUCAAAAGCAAUUGGUUAGAUAUUUAUUAGAGAACUUUACAAGAAUGGGCCAAAGAGAUUUUAUAACUUUUAUUCAAAAAUUAUAUAAUACAAUUUUGGUUGUAAUUAAAAAACAGCAACAGCAACAAAAUCAAUCAAGGGUCGAUAAUAAACAAUUGGAUGAUAUUAUUCAUCUCACAAGAAUUUUAAUGGAUAAGGCUUCACAAAGAAUUAAUGAAAAGAAUGCAGCACCAAUGUUUGAAUUCUUUAAAGCAAAUCAAAAGAGUUCACAAUUUUUAUCACCAGUUAGCUCAUCAACGAAUCAACAACAGCAAACUCCUCAACAAACUCCACAACAAACCCCACAACAUAGCAGUAUUGUUUCCCCAACACUCUCAUCUUCUGAAUUGGGUGGUGAAACCCCACAACAUAAUACAAUUAUAUCUGCACCAUCUUCAACAUCUUCUAAUAUUGAAUCAGUGGAUAAUAAUAAUAAUAAUAAUAAUAGUAAUGCUAUGGAUACAACAUCUGAUUCUGGAUGGGAUUAA